AUCCAGACGUAAAACAAACAAAACCCUGUACUGUAGGGUUUAUUUCACGUCACGUCGCGUCUCUGCCGCUUCGGUUAGGGUUAUAUUUUCUCUGUGUUGGUUGAUAAUUCAUCCAAUCCAAUCCAAUGGAAUCCAAGAAGAAUCUUUAAACUUCCGAUUUGUUUUUCCUUGAAAAAUGGCAACAGCGAACCCCUUUGAUCUUUUGGUUGACGAUGAUAACGACGACCCAAUCCAGCUUAUUGCUAAGCUACCACCGGUUGCCAAGAAAUCGGGUUUGACUGCUAAGCUUCCUUCGAAGCCUGUGCAAGAGGCGAAAGCUGAUGUUCAGAGGGGAGGAGGCCGGUUUGGUGGACGUGGAAAUGGUCGCGGUGGACGCGGGUUUAACCGUGAUUCUUCUGAAAAUGAUAAUUUAUAUGGCACCACCAAUGGCUUUAAUGGAGGUUACAAACCUUCAGAUGAUGGAGAAGUUGACAAGUCUUCUGAAAGACGUUCGUACAGUGGGCCCCGUGGGGGGUAUCGUGGUGGGCGUCGAGGUGGCUACACUAAUGGUGAUGCAGAAGAUGGUGAACGCCCCAGGAGGGUGUUUGAGCGUCGCAGUGGGACUGGCCGUGGUAAUGAGUUCAAGAGAGAAGGUGCUGGUCGUGGCAACUGGGGAACUGCUACUGACAAGGUUGCAUUUGAGUCUGAAGAACCUGUGGUAGAAGGCGAGAAGAAUGUGGAGUCUGAGAAGCCGGAUGACGGAGUUGAUACCAACAAGGAAAAUGUUGCAGAUGAGGUAGAAGAGAAGGAGCCUGAGGAGAAGGAAAUGACACUGGAGGAGUACGAGAAGGUGCUGGAAGAGAAGAGAAAAGCAUUGCAGCCACUGAAGGCUGAGGAAAGAAAGGUUGCAUUGGAUAAAGAUCUAGCUAAAAUGCAGCUGCUUUCAAACAAAAAGAGCGAAGACGAGAUUUUUGUUAAAUUGGGAUAUGAGAAGGAUAAGCGCAAAGAGGCUGCUGACAAGGAAGAGAAAGCCAAGAAGUCGCUAAGCAUAAACGAGUUUCUGAAGCCUGCUGAAGGGGAAAGGUUCUACAGUUCAGGUGGGAGAGGCAGGGGCCGUGGGCGCGGGUCUAGAGGUGGAAACAGAAUGCAUGAUGUGGCUGCACCUGCCAUUGAGGAUGUUGGUCAGUUCCCAUCGUUGGGGGUCAAUCGUCUGGCUGUCAUAUGAUACUUAUGCUUCUUCUUACACAAAAAAGUGUUUUUAUUUUGAAGACCUUGUGACGAACGAGAGGCUGCUGACAUUAUGUGGGUUUAGUUUUCUCAUUGAG